CGGGAUUUUCUUCCCCCCCCACCCACGCCACUUUGCCUCCUCCUCAUCUCUGAACAUCGGAUCGCCGGAGCCGGCGGCUCCCUCGCAGGCUGCCUCCCUUCGCCCGCCUUUGUUUUCCCCGUAUUAUUCUCUUGUGCAACAGGGGGGCGGGCAGGGGGGAGACGAGGCCGGCCUCCGCUUUUCCUCGCAGCCGCCCGGAGAGGUCUGCUCCGCCACCUCCGCGUGCCCCGGCCGAGACGCAAAGCGGGAGCCGGCGAAGUUGGUGCGGUUCCCCCGGGGCUCGGACAGCCGGGCUCCGCUGCCGCCGUGCCGGAGAGCUGCCCCACGGGCCGAGCCGGCCGAGUCCGCUCACGUCCUCCCCUUCCCUCGGCGAGCCCGGGACCGGCGCUGGACUCUGAUGGCACUGUCGAGAUGUUCGUGUCCAGAGUCCUGGAUUUCCAGAAGACCCGAUACGCCAGGUUCAUGAACCACCGCGUCCCGUCCAACCGGCGGUACCAGCCGACGGAGUACGAGCACGCGGCCAACUGCGCCACGCACGCAUUCUGGAUCCUGCCCAGCAUCCUCGGCAGCUCCAUCCUCUACGUCCUCUCCGACGACCGCUGGGAAACCAUCUCGGCCUGGAUCUAUGGCUUCGGCUUGUCCAGCCUCUUCAUCGUCUCCACCAUCUUUCACACCAUCUCCUGGAAGAAGAGGCACCUCAGGACGGUGGAGCACUGCCUGCACAUGUUCGACAGGAUGGUCAUCUACUUCUUCAUAGCGGCCUCCUACGCUCCCUGGCUGAACCUGCGGGAGCUGGGCCCCUGGGCGUCCCACAUGCGCUGGAUCAUCUGGAUCAUGGCCUCGAUUGGGACCGUCUACGUCUUCUUCUUCCACGAGCGGUACAAGCUGGUGGAGCUGGUGUGUUACGUUGUCAUGGGAUUCUUCCCUGCCUUGGUCAUUCUGUCCAUGCCCAACAGAGACGGCCUCCUGGAGCUGGUGGCUGGCGGGCUCUUCUACUGCCUGGGCAUGGUCUUCUUCAAAAGCGAUGGCCGCAUCCCCUUCGCCCAUGCCAUCUGGCACCUCUUCGUGGCCAUUGGAGCUGGUAUCCACUACUAUGCCAUUUGGAGGUACCUCUACCGGCCCGAUGCGCUGGAGGCCAAAACGUCCCGAUAGACGCCUUAAAGACAGUGUUCACACCAGCCGGCAUGUCGGGGGACCGAGGGGGAGCAGGGAGUGGGGGCUUGGACCUUGGGCUUGCCACAAAGCCCCUCCCAUCGCCUGCUCUCCGCACACGCAGCAGCCUCUGGUGCCCCUCCUGCACAGAGAAGAGCCUGAAGGUUGAUUUUAAACAGACUUCUUUUUUAGCCUUGAGACCUGUCUAUUUUUGUAGGCAAAGGUUUCAUAACAUGAUGACCAACCAAGGGGCUGCAGGGCCACUUGCCAGGGUCUCAGGGGGGUUCGUCCCAAAAGCUUUGUUCAUCUAGCUGUCCCCAAGUGUCCCGUGGGAGCUGGCGGCUCCGCACACCCCUGGCUAGGAGCACCCUGGGUUUGGCUACUAGGGCCCUCAGCUUGGGCCACGUGAGGUGGGAAGCUGCUUUUGGACCCCACCUUGGUCUGGUGCCUCAGAGCCACAGAAUGAGGUGCGAGGGGUUUGUGAGGGGGGUGACAAGGGAUCUGGGGUGUCUCACCCGGUGCGUGUGGCCGGGGGGAUCUAGGGACCAUGUUCUCAUUACACAGAGCAUUCCCACAGGAAAGACCAGCCCCAAGGUCUGAUCCUGUGCUGGCCAUCCUGGAGAGAGCCCCGCUUAGGCAGGGGUGGACGUGGCUGGCGCGCGAGACAGGCAGGACCUGCUCUCCGGCACGCUGAGCGCUGGCAGGUCCUACUGCUCUUACUGGAGCUGCAGAUGGAAACUGGGCUUUGCCUUGGCUGGGAUGUCAACGCAGCGGCAUCGGGGGCUGGUUUGCAGCCAAGCGAGCGAGUACAGGCAGGCCUGGGGCAGGGGGGCAUGCGGGGCUGAAGGAGCAGGCAGGGGGGAGCCGAGGGUGUCUCCUGGUUCGGGCACCAGAGAUCCGGCCCCCUUCUCGGGGCCCUCUUGCCAUCCCGCUUCCCAGCUCCUGCUUGCACGUCUCCGAACAGACGCAGCCUGGGAACCCCACGCUUUCCCCCUGGCCCCGGGGGGGCCGCGAGCCGGCACCAGCGCUCGGCCGGGGUUUGCUCUUAAACGCUCAUAAAUCAUUUCGGCAUCACCCUCCCCCUCUCAAGCCCUCACUGGAAGGUCCAGAGUCAACAAAGCCUUACGUGUGAUUGAAACCUGAACCCGUCCCAGGUCUCCCCAGAGCCCCGGAGCACUGGAAAACCCUUUGUCCAAGGCGGCACUAAGGGCCCAACGUGAUACGUUCCUCCCGAACGGGCGCUCGGAGCCCCGACCGACGCGUCCUCUAUGGAGCACUUUGUUCUUCUCGCCAUCGCGGUCACGGCGGCAGCCCAGCAGCAAGGUCCCCCUCACAGCAUCGGCCACGCGCGUGCCUUUGCCCGGCAGGGAGGAGAGGGGGAUUCGGCUCUCGGCAUCCAUCUGGCUGGAUUCAGUCCAUCUAUAUCAGGUUUUUCUUUUUUUUUUUCCCCUCAAGGGAGGGAAGUGAACCUCUCUGAGCCAGGAUUACGGGGCUGCCUGCCUUCACUUCUCCCAUUUUGUAGUUUCUCCAGUCUCUUGCUGAUCGCUAGAUUGAAUCCCCUCUUGGGAGGAUUGCCGGCAUUCCCGGGAAAGCCGCAGGGAAAGGACGCGUCCAUGGCAUGCUUGGAGAUGAGCAGUGAGGACAGAGAAGACCUAAUGAUGCCUAAGGAGGCGGUCACCAUUGGCAGAUACAGGGCAAGGGGCAGCCCCUGGCUGGGAGGGAGACUUGUCUGGGUCCAAAACAGCCAUUGCCCCCCCAGAGCUGCUGGGGGGGGGGGGGGGCAGGACCGCGGGCAGGAGGGGUUUGCCGCCGGUGGGGCGCGAGCCAGCCCAGCGCUCGGCAGGUAGGAAGGACCCAGCCACCGGGGAGAGAUGCUGGAGCGCUGAGCGGCUCCGCGUGCUUCCGACGAGCGGGAUCCCGCUGCGAAUGAAUCGCCGCCACUGUGGGUUUUUCCAAGCAGGAUAAGGAGGACACAGCCUGCUUUCUUCUGCAUUUGGCCGCCCGGGCGGCGGGGCAGGAAGCCUCUGCACGCACGAGCUCAGGCUGCUCCCCCCAGCCGGGGCCGCAGGCUCGUUCUGCUCAAUCUGCUGCUGAGGACCGAACUCUCUCGCCCGACUGCAAAGCCAGGCUGUGCUUACUGGGAACCGAAGCGUCGUCCUCUGCCAAGCCGUGAGCCCCUGAGCCAGGACCAAGCUGAGAGCGGAGCCGUGCAUCCCCGGUGUCCAACAUCCUCGGCUUCAGCCUUCGUUUUAACCAUGCAAAAAGAGAGUCACGGAUCCGCGCGGCUCCUGCCGAGCGGUGAAAUGGAAAUGUCUCCAGCCCAACCGAGCCGCAGUGCAUUUCCCUUCCAAUCCCUCCCUGCUGCCCAAGUUUCCGAGACGAGCCCGGAGCGUCCGACCUCGGAUGAGUCACUUCACUGCCUGGUGCCUCAGUUUCUCUCCUUGAACAGGGAGGAUCUUAUUCACCAACAAUUCACAGGGAAACCUUGCGAGAUCCCCAAUUUUUGGUGCUGGCAAUUUCUAAGAUACAACGGUGCUACUGGGGGGACGCGGCAGCUGGCCAAGGCUCAGGAAAACCCCGGGUGAUGCCACCUCCCAGCGGCACCAGCAGCGGUGCCGGCCCCGGGGGCUGCUCGCCGUGGGGGGGUUUGACACCUCUGCCCGUAGCCCGCAAACUCCUCGCGCGCCCCUCGACGCAUCGAUUGCCUCCCGGCCUCGCUUGUCCCCUUGAUUAACAGCAGCUGCAGCAGCCUCAGCUGGACUUGGCAAGCGCUGGGGAUUUACAGUCCUCCAGCUCCUGCUUCUCCAGCGGCCCAGCCACGGAGCCAGGCUCCCUGCCCGCCGGGUCCCCGGGGAGGGGAAUGGUCCCCCCCAGCCUGGCACCAUGCCGAGGCCAGCGGUGCAGCUUCGUGCCCCUGGCAGCAAGCUACCGGCCCAGCUCAGGGCCCCGGAGGUGAAGGAGCCGGUGGGAGGUGGUCUCGCCGCUGGCUCUCCCCGCGCCCUCCAGGACCCCGCUCUUGCUCCGUUGCCCUCGGCUGCUCUCAGUUUUACCAUCAGAGAAGACGACAAAGCUGUGAAUUGAGUAACUGGCUGUUCGGGGAGCAAAUGUGGGGUUGGAAUUGGGGGAUGUGUGAACCCAGAACACGAGCUGCUGGUUUUGCUGCUGAUUCGCUCUUUGGCGAGUCAUGACCCUUCUCUGUGCCUCAGCUCCCCCCCCUGUGAAAUGGGGGUAAAGCUACUCGAGAAGCAGUUGCGGGCACAGGGGACCAGGUCUGCUAGAGGGUGGGGGGAACAUCACUGCCCUGCCUUGAAAUCCAGCCAUUUGGCAAAGACCCUCGAUCUGCCGAGCCAGAGUCUCCGUUGCUGAGACGUUCUCCAUCUUCUCUUGCUUUACGAGUCUUUUCCUUGUAAAGCGGGGGGGGUGGGGGGAAAUGCUAUCCCACUGCCAUCCCCUUUUAUACUAACUUUAAAUGAGUUGUAACAUUCAGGAUGUCCCUGAACGAGGAUUCGAGCCAUCUUUUUAGCAUCCUGUACUUUUCACCUCCAUUCCUGUUCAAUCAGUAUUUUAUAUUUAACACAGUAUCAGGUAAAAUACCAAUAGGACCAACGCAAGGGAGAUAACACUAGUGAAUAUUGUUUCCUGUGGAGUAGGAUUGAAAUAAAAACUCAAGAUACCUCA